AAUUUUUUGGUGGGAUCUAAAGGCGAAGCAAACUAAUAAGGAGUACAAUAAAAUACUUGUACUAGUACCUCGCCAACUGUUCAAUACACACUAUAACGACCUUUAAGAAUGUUGGGUGGGUUAUACGGCGACCUUCCGCCACCGUCUUCCGCCGGCGACGAUGACAAAUCAACGUCCACAUCCACCGCCAAUGUCUGGUCUAGUACCACCAAAUUAGCCCCGCCAACCCUCCGGAAGCCCUUCCCUCCUCCUCAAACUAUCCUUAAAACUCAGCCAAGACCUAAACCCCAACCCCAAUUCGUCUCCAAGCCGGUCUCCGCGGAUGAGAAUACAAACCCUAACCCUAAUAAGGAUGUGGCGUUUCAACCUGCUUUGGUAGGCGUCACUAGCUCAGUGAUUGAGGAGUACGAUCCAUCCAAGCCGAAUGAUUAUGAGGAGUAUAGGAGAGAGAAGAAAAGGAAGCAGGCCGAGGCGGAGAUUAGACGGGAGUUGGAGGAGAGGCAGAGGAAAGAGAGGGAGAGAGAGGAGAAGGAAAGGAGGGAAAGAGAGAGGGAGAAAGAGAGGGAUUUGAACAUCUCUGGAGAGGAGGCAUGGCGGCGUAGGGCGGCAAUGAGUGGUGGUGGAGGGAAUAGGUCACCAUCGCCUCCGGCGGCUGGAGGUUCUGGAGCUGCAGAAGGUUUUAGUAUUGGGAAAUCGGAUAGUGGUGGAUUAGGUGUCGGUGCUGAAGGGAAGAUGACUGCAGCUCAAAGAAUGAUGGCGAAAAUGGGUUGGAAACAGGGGCAGGGAUUGGGCAGACAAGAACAAGGUAUUACUACACCUUUGAUGGUUAAGAAGACGGAUAGGCGUGCUGGGGCCAUUGUCAAUGCUGCUGAGCCAAAACAGCAGGGGCAGCCGCCGGAGAAGAAAGUCAAGAGUGUGAACUUUAAUGGCACGCCGACACGGGUUUUGUUGUUGAGGAACAUGGUUGGUCCUGGUGAGGUUGAUGAUGAUCUAGAAGGUGAGAUAGCAGAAGAGUGCCAGAAGUAUGGUUCCGUGACAAGGGUGCUAAUAUUUGAGAUAACAGAGCCAAAUUUUCCUCACGAGGAAGCAGUUCGAAUCUUUGUUCAGUUUGAAAGAGCAGAGCAAUCUACGAAAGCGCUUAUUGAUCUUGAAGGUCGCUUCUUUGGGGGUCGAGUUGUUCGUGCUGGCUUCUAUGACGAGGAAAGGUUUGGGAGAAAUGAAUUGGCUCCCUUGCCAGGAGAAAUCCCUGGGUUUUGAGUAAAUUCCUUGGAAUUCUCCCUUGUUUGUGUUAAUCCUCAACAGCCGAGACACUUCAUAAAAUGUAUGGAAUGUGUGGCGUGUCAUGUUUUCCUUUUUCCAUCUCAGAUGUUUUGUGUCUAUUAGUUUAGCUGUAGAUUAGUAACCAACCAAAGUAGUUUUUGUUUUGCCCGGACUUUUCAAGUUCUAACUUGUAUAUUUACUUUUAAUCGAAAAAAGGGACACUUCUUACAAGAAAUAUGGAAUUUCAUGCGUGGUUUACAUGGAACAGCAUCAGGCGUUUGUGCUCGAGUUUAUUUCUUUUCCGUAGUUCAUAAUUUAUGUUCUGUGUCCGUGUCAAGAG